GAGACUACCCAAAGGAAGUGCACGUGCUAAGGCGGCUUCUACUGUACCUUCGAGCGUGUCAGUCACUUCCGGCGUUAGCCUCGAGGCGCGACGGUUUGAUCUUGAGACUGGGCCCACGCUGAACGUUGAACCACUACCAUCGAUAAACGCAUCAACCAAAGUCUCGCACCAUUACAAUACUUGUCAGCGACAUGCCUAUCAGUUUCGACGACGACGACGACGACGCAUACCCUGAAGAGGACGUUGUUCAAAUCUAUCUGGCAAGUCAAGUCUCUGGUAUGCCUCACGUUUGCUCUCCAUUUCUUCUUGACUAUCCUCUGUCUACGAUAGAUCACGGCUCCCAAUCAGCCCCCGGAUCGUCAAGAUCCUCUAGUACCUCUUCCUCGAUUGACGUUCAAAUGGCGAACAACCUCCGUCUCGAGAGUCCCCAGCGCCCUUCUCGGCCGUCUGACGCGAGGAAUGUAGGCGUGAAACGUCCUAUUACACACGCCGAGUCCUUUUCGAUCAAUCCCACCAAAGUCCGGAGGACGGGAUCCGGGGUCGCGUGCGCAGGGUCGUCACCGGCCAGUCAGACCUUAGACGCUGACACCCUAGACCCCUAUAUCAUCGCCCACGACCAGUAUAUACAAUCUCUACUUGACAAGAAGCGAGUUCCGUGGGGGACUAUUUUUGAGCUGGCUCGCGGUGUUACAAAUGGUUCGUGGCUUUGGUCCGAUGUAACCGAAGAGCGCGUAGAUCAGUUGUGCGGCACUAAUGCUGAAACUGCACCUCGGGUCUCUAAUGUCAUGACUGGAAAGCGGACAAAUGCAUCUGCGGAAGCCAUGGAGGUGUGGGUGGAGUACGAUCGUGAGCAAGCUGCCAUCCUGGAGAACAAGGGGCGCGGGCUGGGAGGGAUGGGUCCGUGGCAUGGGAAGGAUGGAUGGUAUGGGGGAAGAAUACAGCAGGUAGCGAGGCUAAAGGAGGCAAGGAGUAAAGGGUCCUUCUACAUUCAGCUCGAAAGGCCCGAGAUUAGGCGCUCCCACCGCUUUGCACGGUAUCUGGGAUCACGGCGAAUCCUUCAGGUCAGGGUUCCUGACAGCUUCCUUUACCAACAGGGGGAUGAGGUACGGAGAUUCUUUGGAUGUCACAAAUUCAUCCUUUGUGGUCGAGUUUUCCUUCCAUUCCAUGCGAAGGAGGGUGGAGUCUAUAUGGUGGAGAACAAUCAAGGUUUUGGGCACCAGUGCAACCCCCAGGAUGGUGACCAUUACAGGUUGCCCUUCAUGGACUUCAUAAACUGGCACAACCCCUUCAAGCUGAAUAGCCAUCAGCCAAUUAGUAAAUGGUCUGCUCGUUGGGCAUUAGGUUUGUCCACUUCCGUCCCAACAAUUGCCUUUGAAGAGGAAAACAUAUGUUUUAUUGAUGAUGAAUAUGUGACUCCUGCUGACUGGGGUGGUGGAAAAGCCCCAGCUGAGAAAACUUACACUGAUGGGUGUGGGUGGAUGAAUGGGGCUGGUCUGACUCAGAUCAUGAGGAGGAUGGGAUAUAGCAGUAGACCAACUGCUGUACAGGGUAGAAUUGGAGGGGCAAAGGGUAUGUGGAUGCUUCAUCCAGACCCUGAGGAGCAGGUUGCUGAUGGAAGGUGUAAAAUUUGGAUUCGGAGGUCACAAAAUAAGAUCUCCCUUGCCAAACCACUCCCUGAGUCCCAAAGAAUGUUUGAGUUGUUGGCUCCUUCAAGGGUAACUGGGCCAUGUCAAUUAUCAGCCCAGACUCUGGUCAAUCUUACUCACAACAAGGUUCCCCAUGAAGUAAUCAAGAAACUCAUGGCUCAUGGCCUCCAUGAGGAGGUAAAAGAACUGAUUGAUUGGGGGAGGCCUGAGUCUAUGCUUAGGGUCUGGAGGGCAGUGGAAAAAGCAGGGCAUGUUGUUAUCAGUCGUAUUCAAAGAAGGACUGCAGGGGAAGCACGUGCACUGGGUAUAGGGAGGCUAAGGCCAUGGGACAACCAGGAACAGCAGGAUGAAGAUGAGGGUGAGGUGGACAAGAUGGAGAUGGAUGAGGAUGAGGAGCAAGUUUAUGAAUUGGGGAAGGUUCCAAUGCAAAAGUUUGUGGGGAGGACACCCUUUUCAGGCCAACCACUUGGCUUGUAUGAAACAACACUGGAAUUGCUCCAAGCUGGUUUCCAUCCAAUGAAGCUGAAGCUGUUGUUCAGAAAACUGGAGGUAGUCCUAACAAAAUUGCUUGACAGCUAUGUGCAAAGGUUUCACAUCCCAGUGACUGAGUCAAUUGAAGCAUAUGUUGUACCAGACCCAUAUGGUGUCUUGAAUGAGAAUGAAGUUCACUUUUGUUCUUCAGAGCCAUUUAUUGAUCCAGUCACUGGUGUUCAACAAGACACUAUAAUUGGACCUGUUUUGGUCUCAAGAAAUCCAACAAGGUUACCAUCAGAUAUUCAGAAGGUCACUGCAAUCAGUCAUCCAAAGCUGAGCAAGUAUUUUAAUGUCAUCAUAUUCCCUGUCAGAGGGAAGUUCACUCUUGCAAGUUACCUUGGGGGAGGAGAUUAUGAUGGAGACACAGUCAUGCUCACUUGGUGCAGAGAACUUGUGGAUAAUUUCAAGACCUCUUCCCGCUGUGAGGAGCCCAAGGGAGUCAGGGAGGCUUUUGAAAGAGAGGUAGAACAUGUCAAAGAUUUUGACAAGAGGAUUUCUGGCUUGUCACUCAAAGAGGCACAGCAAGCCUUGCAGAAGGUUCUCCUCUUGGGCCUGGCAGAAACAAAAGUUGGCUUGUACUCAAAAUUCCAUGACCUGGCAGUUUAUACAAAGGGGUAUGCCAGUCAAGAGGCAAUAAAACUAGCAUUUAUGUUCACCACUUGCCUUGAUUCCAGCAAAACAGGUCUCAGAGUCAAGGGGACUGUGUUUUCUAGAGACAGGAAAACUUGGGGUUCAGACAAGCCAUGGUAUGUCCACACCUUGGGGGGAAACAAGGGAGAGUCAAGUGUGGUCAAGAGAGAAAAACCACCUUUCAUCUUGGAUGCCUUGGUUGAAUAUGGGCAUGCUCUGAAACAAAAACAUCUCAAGGAGUAUCAGCAGCAUUGGGAUUACCAGCAGGAUGAGGAGGUUGAUGAAGACUUGGCUGGCCCCUGGAAAGCUGCUAGAGCUAAAGCUGAUCAGGCCAGGGCAGCAAAUCUCACAGUGUUUUCCACCAACCUGGAGGAUAUUGAAAUGCAUGUGCUGGGAGUGUUGGAUGCCUAUAAGAGGGUUGUUGCUGCUGCAAAGGACACAAAGGAGGAAUCCAGGUCAAGUUCAUCCAGUGAUCCCUACACUGAGGUGGCUUGUAGAUUUUUUCAGAAGCCAGCCUUUAGAGAAUUCCAAGCAUUCUCAGAUAGGGAUGUGUGCAUUAUUAAAGCUUCCUUUGCUGCACUCAAAUCAGCCAAUUUUGCCUUUUCUGUUGCAUUCAAAGAUUUAUGCAGCAUUAAAGCACAGGCAUCAGGUAGUGUGCCUUUCACACACCUGUUUGCUGAAUCCAUGACCAUUCCGAAAAAAGUCACCCAAUCCAUCUCUUGAAUAGCCACAACCAUACAAAAAUAAUGUGUUGUUUGGUAGACUACUGGACUAUAUUAGCUAAACUUAGAGGUUCACUGCAAG